AUGGCUAUUCUCGAUAAUGCUGAUCUGGUAUUACCCAGAGGAUCUCUGAUAUUAGUUACCGGUGCUUCCGGAUACAUGGCUAGCAACUUGAUUGUUGAAGCACUUGACGCCGGCUAUAGGAUUCGCGGAACGGCAAGAUCGGCAUCCAAAGCUCAGAAGACAAAACAGAUCUUCAAUUCACCGAACUACGAUGCCGUUGCCGUUCCAGAGAUGCAAGCACCUGGGGCGUUUGAUUUGGCCGUCAAGGGCGUGGACGCAAUCGUACAUAUGUCGUCGCCCCUCACCUUCAGUUCCAACCCGAAGGAGGUUGUGCCUCCUGCCGUCGAAGGGGCGACGUCGAUACUUCGCUCAGCAAUCAAGGAGCCCAGGAUCCAAAGAUUUGUCUUCACGAGCUCGAGCACCGCGACGUCCCUACCCAAGCCUGGAGUCAAGUUUUACAUUGACAAGAGCUCCUGGAACACCGAGGUCGACGAUUACGCGGAUUUUCCACCACCCUACAAGCCCGAGAAUGCGUUCAAAGUAUACGCUGCAAGCAAGACGAGAGCCGAGAAGGAAGUGUGGAAGUUUGCGGAGGAGAACCCCAAAUUCACGAUCAACUGCGUCAACCCAGCUGUUAACAUGGGCCGGGUGAUUGAUUCGCCUGGGGAGACUGGCGGUUUGGUUAUCAGGGCAUUCAACGGUAAUGUACAAUGGGACUUCUUGCCACAGUAUAUGGUCAACGUAGUCGACUCUGCUCGGCUACACCUGGCCGCUUUGAUCGACGGUUCAGUCAAGAACGAGCGUAUCAUGGCAUUCAACGUUCCAUUCAACUGGAACGUUGUGCUGGACAACUUCCGGGAAUUAUUCCCCAACAAGAAAUUUCCCGACAACCAGGAACAACAGUCAGAUAUCAGUGAGGUUGACAACAAGCUUGGUGCGGAGCUGCUUCGCAAGUGGUUUGGUCAACCGGGUUGGACUGGUCUCAAGGAGAGCUUACGACAGAAUGUUGCUGGCUUGGAGUAG